CGCCAAUUACUUACACUGCAGAUUCCGCCGGUGAGCUCAUUGCUUGACACUUCAAGGAAAUGUUGCUUCGCGUCCAUUCAUUCAUAAGAGCAGAAACGCGAUGUUGUCUUUUUUUGUCGUUAGCAGUGGAUAACUUAUCAUUUUUUGUUCGUCACUUCACAACAUUAACCAUUUGUCAGCGUAUCCAGUGUUUUUGUCCUUACGAGCUUCUUGCAGAUGAAUAAAAGAGGGAAAGUUUCUUCGGGUAUUACCGAUUCCGACGCUGAAGGCAACUCUCCACCCAGCCCGGAAGUGCGACGUGAAAACAAUAACAAACCACCUGCUGUGUGUGUCUACACUAACUGCGUCGUCAUGCUAUUUAUCGGCCAAAAGACACAAAAUGAAACCUCCCGGCCUGUACCGACACAGUAUGUGUACUUAAUUUCACCCCAACAAGUAGUCCGAAACGUUGCUUCCACCCCACGUUUCUUCCGUUUUUGGUUAGCUUAGCAUGCUGAAGUCGACAUGAUUUUGCGUGUGUGAAGCACGCCGCCCCUUCUGCUUGCCUGUGUGUCUGGCGUUAUUUCCGAAAGGCCACUUCUGCUAUUUGGUUCAGUGGCGAAAGAAAGAAGAGGCUGACGCGACGCACGGCAAUGGAGCCCCGGGCGGCGGCAGCGGCAGCGGCAGCGGCAACGGGCUGCGUGAACGUCGGCAGUCUGACCAGCACGUUGCCGGUGAUUCCCUACCAGAAGCUGACCGACUUGUACUACCUGAGCAGAGGGGGCUUCGGUACCGUCUUCAAGGCUCAGCAUUCAGAUUGGAGGACCACCGUGGCCAUCAAGUGCCUCAAGUUGGACUCUCCGUUCGGAGAAAGAGAGAGAAAGUGUUUGCUGAAGGAAGCCGAGGUCCUCCACAAAGCUCGCUUUAAUUACAUCCUCCAGAUCUUGGGCAUCUGCAACGAGCCAGAGUUCUUCUGCAUCGUGACCGAGUUCAUGAGCAACGGCUCGCUGGACCAACUGCUUCACGAGAAGGACAUGUACCCUGUGCUGGCCUGGCCUUUGAGACUGAGGGUCCUGUAUGAGAUCGCCUUGGGGGUCAACUUCCUUCACAACAUGACGCCACCCCUUUUACACCAUGACCUAAAGACACAGAACAUUUUGCUGGACAGCGAAUUUCACGUUAAGAUUGCAGAUUUCGGUCUUUCAAAAUGGCGCCAACUCUCCGUCAGUAAAGGCUCAGGCUCCAAACCGUCGGAAAUGGGCGGAACCGUCAUCUACAUGCCCCCGGAGGAGUACGAACCCACCAAGAGUCGCCGCGCCGACGUCAAACACGACAUGUACAGCUAUGCGAUCAUCAUGUGGGAGGUGCUUUCCCGGCAAAUUCCGUACGAUGAAGUGAGCAACCCCAUGAAAAUCAUGUUCAACGUGCUUCGCGGGAUGCGACCCGACACCAGCCCGGCCAGUCUUUCUGACGAGAUUCCCGGCAGAGAUACCCUGGUUUGCUUAAUGACGUGCGGCUGGACCGCAAAUCCUGACGAGAGGCCUUCCUUCCUCAAGUGUCUGGUUGAACUGGAGCCCACGGUGAGGAAGUACAACGAAAUGGACUUCCUAGUGGCAGUGCUCGACAUUAAGAAGUCUCGGCCGAUCCGGCCGGCCGGCUGCCCGUCGGAGUGGCCCGAGAGCGAGAAGACGAGACGAGAGCAAACUCCCAAGAAGGACGAGGUCGCGUCCCGCCCGUGGCAGGAGAGCUCCACCUCGGGUUCGGGAUCUUCCUCCUCACAGGAGAUGGAAAUUUCCCUUCCGGGCGCCCUCACUAGCAGCAACAUGGCGCCUUCAAAAGAGGGAGCUCCCUCGUCAAUCUGCGUUCAGCCGCUGGAGCCCCCUGAGUCUCUGAAAGACCCGUGCGCCGCCGGACAUCUGAACGGUUUUCAGAGCGCUCGGCCUAUCGGUGACUUGGGCCCGUGCCUCAAAGCUUCUCCGCCCGCAUCUGACGUCCAAACGCGGCUGGAAACCCUCGCGCUGGACGCCAGUUGGACAAAACAGCAAGGGGAUUCGCCUUGGAAAGGCCCCGUCGGCGAGUGGAUGUCGACGCGACGCGAAGAGAUCGUGGCGCAGAUGACGGAAGCCUGCCUCAACCAGAGCCUGGACGCCCUGUUGGCGCGCUCCAUGCUGAUGCGCGAGGAUUACGAGCUGGUGGUCAACCAGACCACGCGCGCCGCCAAGGUUCGCCAGCUCCUGGACAACUGUCACCGGCACGGAGAAGACUUCUGCCGCGUGGUGGUCCGCAAGCUGCACCGCAACAAGCAGAUGGGCCUUCAGCCCUACCCCGACGAAAUGGCGCCGUCCUUCGCCGGGAACUUGUAGACGAUGCUACGGAGCCAAAAACGAGAUCAAAGACGUUUUCGGUAUGUCGGUCAACGGCUUUAGUAGCCCGACACGCGCGGCUGCCGAUGCGCAAAGGUACGUUGGCCGAUCCGUUUUUUUUAUGGAAGUUGUCGUCGCGGUUCCUCUCAGUGUUUAUCCCGGUUUGUCAAACUCGCAUCGUUGUCAAUUCCUUGUCACAAGCGUAAGGUAAAUUGACUCAUUGACGGCGCUAGACGUCCAAUCCCUUUAAAUGUCGGUGCAUUUGAAAUCAAAAUCCAGUCUAGCGCCGUCAGCAGCACCCAAAUUUGAGUACGUGCAGCGAGUACAGGAAGUCAAAAUGUACAGUGACAGUAAUGCUCCCAAAUCCUCCCGGCUUAAAUUAAAUUGGACAUCUAUCCUUGUCUAUGGCAGCCAAUGAGUUCAGAACAAUUAGCAGACCUUUUUAAUAGUGGGUCAAAAAAAGUCGCUAUUUAUUCUACUGUAUUUUCCAUAGUAUUUGAACUCAUUGCCUGCCAUUGACUAUGAUAGACGUCUCAAAUUAUUGUAUUAUUGGGGGACUUUUUUUUUUUAAUAAAUGAAGGCAACUUUACUAGCUGCUAACAAGACAUGGGAUUGUUAACUCAUUGUCAGCCAUUAAGGCGUUGGACCUUUGUUCCUUCAGCGCCAACCCUCCCACCUCAAAUGGCUUGGACAUCUACGGGUAAUGAACUCAUUGCACUUCACCACGUGAUGCCAUAUGAUUGGACGUCUUCAACGCCACUGAAAGAUUUCAGAUUGUUUUUGAGAAGUGCUGAUGUUACAUUUCAAAAGCCAAAUAAUUUGCAGUAUUUAUAUUUUUUUUGCAAACCUUAGCAGCUUUCUAGUCAUAAUUGACACAGUUUUAGGACGCUGGAAAGAAAGAAAA